CGCUGCGACCGGGAUUGGAGGCAGUGCGCAUGCUCGAGGGUACUUAAUAUGAACGCUGUCUCCCGUCUCAAGACAUCUCAGACUCAGAUUUAUUCUGUUCUUUAGUCACCCAGUGAAAUAUUCAUCCUGCAAAACAAGCCCAAAACUGCUCAUUCCAUGACCAUAAUGGGCAGAUAAGAAAAACAAAAUAUCUGCUGUGUGGAGGAUAGAAGGUUAGUAAGACCUCGGCAGAUACCUCCUCUCUUCCUGCACGAGCAGUCCAGCAAGUUUACAGCGCAAUGGCUGAAGAAGACUAUGGCAGCUUUGUGGACUGGAACCAGAUGGGGGAUUUGGCCAAGAGCAGCGGGCCCACCAAAGUGGACACUAAAGAUCUGAAAGAGUUCAAACAGAUGGCUCGACAAGGUUAUUGGGCCAAGAACCACAAGCUGCGAGCACAAGUCUACCAGCAACUCAUCAAAGCCAUUCCUUGCCGUACAGUGACCCCAGAUGCAGCAGUGUAUCGUGACAUUAUGGGAAAUGCAGCCGCAAAGAAAACCUCCACCAACGUCCCACUACCAGAGUUUGUGGAUGGAAAUCCCAUACCGCGGUACUGUUUGAAGCCAGAGGCAGUGGCCUCAGCCCAUCAGAUCAUCAACUGCCUCGCUGGACAGUUUCCAGAUAUCUCUCAUUGUCCAGCUCUUCCUGCAGUUACUUCAUUGCUCCUGCACUUCAGUGUAGAUGAAGCUCAGUGUUUUGAGCAUGUCAGCCGCAUACUGGCAUGCAACGAGCCAGGGAAGCGACUUGUAGACCAGACCUUCCUGGCUUAUGAGUCUAGCUGCAUGACCUUCGGUGACCUAGCCAAUAAGUACUGCACAGCUGCUCACAAACUGAUCGUUGCCACGGCUCAGGAUGUGAUGGAUGUCUACUCAGACUGGCAGCGCUGGGUCCUCGGUGACCUGCCUUUUAGCCAUGUGGUUAGGGUCCUAGAUGUCUACUUAGUAGAGGGCUAUAAGGUUCUCUACCGUGUGGCAGUAGCCUUGCUCAAGUUCUAUCGCAAGCAUAAAAUGGGAGCACAGGGGGGGCAGGGCAACCAGCAGCAGGAGGACUCAAACAAAAUCAAGGCAGAUAUUCAGGCAUUUGUUAAGGGCAUUGCUUCCACCGUCACACCUGACAAACUGCUAGAGAAGGCCUUCUCCAUCCGCCUGUUCAGCCGCAAGGAGAUCACCCUGCUGCAGCUCACAAAUGAGAAGUCCCUGCAGCAAAAAGGAAUCACUGUGAAGCAGAAGCGCUCUAGGCGGAACGUGCAGCUGGCACUUAACCCUGACACAUUUUCCUCGGAGAUAGUCAGUGCCAAGGAGAUGCAUGACAUCUGGUCAUGGAUCCCAGAGCGCUUUGCCCUGUGCCAACCACAGCUUCUCUUCACAACCUCCACCCACGGUUGCAGCCUGAACAGAUUCUACUCACAUUGUGAGGGCCACGAACCCACUCUGCUCCUCAUCAGGACCACAGAUGGCGAUGUAUGUGGAGCCUUCCUGUCCACAGAUUGGGAGGAAAGGAAGAGAGGAGGCAACAAGUUGAGCUUCUUCGGCACAGGGGAAUGUUUUGUCUUCAGGCUGAAGCCGGAGAUGGAGCGUUACGAGUGGAUAGUAAUCCGUCACCCUGAGCUGGCUUCGUCCAUCAAGACCCAGAAUCAGGAAGAAACGGCGACAUCUGAAGACCAGAUCACAGACGGCAAUCGCUUACAGCAGCCAGAAAAACCUCCUGGAGAGCUGUCGCCAUUUCUGUCUGCCCGCCACUUCAACCUGAACUCUAAGAAUACUUCUAUGUUCAUGGCUGGAAAUGUUGACUCCAUCAUAGUGGGAGGAGGCGACGGCAACGCUCUGUAUAUCGACUCCGAGCUGAACCACGGGCGCACUGGCAGUUGCACCACCUUUGACAACCCGCCCCUGUGUGCAGAGAGCUUCCAGAUUUCACUGCUAGAGGUGUGGGGCUUCCAGGACACCAUGGCCUCAUAAUGCUGAGCACAUACAUGCAACACAUACUUAGAUAUUCAUCCACAAACACUUAAACAUGUGAAAUGAGAAGUCAAGCCAAGUGUUGUAGGUGGAAAACAGACAAGCAAACAAAACCACAUCCGUCCUGCAAAUCCAACUCUGAAUUACAAUUUUUUUUAAUUUAUUAAAGCAGUUUGUUCAAAUUCCAGCAAAUGAACAAACAAAUGUUCCUUUUUUUCUGUUUAUUUUUGUAUUUUUAGAUUUGUGUACUCAUUUUGUUGACAUGAUAAUGGAAAUGUCCAGGAUCAACCUGCUGAGCAAAAACAUUUGAUUUUCUGAAUGUAAAUUUAAGUCCUUUUUUGUUCUGUAGUUUAUCUCAAUCUGCCAAACUCAUUGUUAAGCUAACUCUGCAGUCCUUAAAGUACUAUCAGGUCAUGAGGUUUACAACAGCAUGUGUGAAGUCGAGUCUCCAUGUUUGUGAUCCAUGAUGAACAAAAGAACCUAGAUGUUAGAGAACCUGUCGUAUCUUCCCACACUUCCUGAUAUAUCGUGAAUAAAUGGGAGAUCUGACAAAUGAAUUAAUGGUGUAAAUGUUUAUGAAUAUCUAGUGAAUUUGUGUGUUGCCAUUUUGCACCAGCUUUCUCUUUGACUCUGUGAUGAUUGUCUCCCUUUUGUGCAGUAUAUGAAUAUGAAGUUGUUGUUUUUUUUUCUUCUCCUCUACAUCAUUUUCCUGUUAUUUCCGUCCUUUCCAGUUUAAAGAUUGUAACGAGAAGUUCCAAACAGUGUCCUAAAGUGUUGAGGGUCACGCCUCUGUGUGAGUGUGUGGAUUUGAAUAUGUGCUUCAGUAAAGUGUCAAUUGAGUAACUGCAAAUGUGAAAAUACAGCAUUAAGCUUUAAUCAGA